CAAAACCCUGGCUACUAUUACACCGAUAGACAUUUAGCAGAACCUCAGGCAGGUCAUUAAGAAAGAAAAUCAGUGAUAUCAGUUUCACACCUGCAUGCUAUGGACUUGUGGAGAUGAGCGUGUCAAGUGUAAGGUGGCUUGAACGCGCUAAUGCAGCGCAGGGCGUUUCACCUCGAAGGGUCCACGACGUGCAUCUUGUAGCGGAAAUCGCUUUCACAACUUCACGAACCGUAACGACUCUCGCGUCUGCUUCAAUAUCCAUCGCCCUGUCCUUGUCUCGCUCGACUCGCUCCUGUCGCAUCGUGGCAGCUCCCGUACCCCGCCGGCGCAAACCCACGAUUUCCUUCGAUAGAUCACACGCCCUCCUUCCUAGUCUCACCGCCCGCAAGACUUGCCUGCGAACUGUCCGCCGCUCUCCACAGCAAACUCCGACUUCUUCCUGAUUCUGCGACCGACAUUCCUUACUUGAUUACUUGUAAACAUGCCAGAGACCACCAAAGUCGUACCCCUCACCUGCCACGGGCAUUCUCGACCCGUGCCCCACAUACAUUUCUCCUCUAUCGUCGACGAGGACCAAUUCUACAUCAUUUCGGCAUGCAAAGAUGGCAACCCUAUGCUGCGCGACGGCGUGACCGGCGACUGGAUUGGAACCUUCCUGGGUCAUAAAGGUGCCGUCUGGCAAGCAAGGCUUUCGGCAGAUGCUUCGCUUGCCGCCACCGCCUCCGCUGACUUUUCUGCCAAAGUAUGGGACACACAUACUGGCGAAGCGCUCCACACUCUUUCGCACAACCACAUCGUCCGCGCUGUCGCAUUCCCCAACCAACCGAACCCGCAGAUUCUUGCCACUGGUGGCAUGGAGAAGAAGCUGCGCAUCUUCGACCUGUCACAGGGUGGUGAUGCAGCGCCGAGCUACGAGAUUGGCGCAGGCAUACACACCGGAACCAUCAAGUCGAUUGUCUGGACUUCAGACCCCAAUAUCUUGAUCACGGCUGCGGAGGACAAGAAAAUAAGGUGGUGGGACCUGCGAACACAGUCGCUGAUUGGCGAGCACGCUGUUGAGGGCGUAGUAGGCACCUGCGAGUUGGAUAACACCUCUCCGGACGGCAUACUGAGCGUAGCUGCUGGAAACAGCGUCUACUUCUUCAAUAGCCUCCAGCCAGGGUCUUUGAUCAAGACUAUCAAGACACACUACGAGAUUGCAAGCGUAGCGCUGCACAGUGGCGCGCGCAGGUUCAUUACUGGUGGUAGCAACCAGAAUGACACAUGGGUUAGGCUAUGGGAUUUCGAUGAGGAGAAAGAAUUGGAGACCAACAAGGGGCACCACGGCCCAGUCUGGUCAGCGAGCUUUUCGCCUGAUGGCAAGUUGUACGCGACAGGCAGCGAAGAUGGCACUGUUAAGCUGUGGAAGAACACGACAGGCGCAUACGGGCUCUGGCGAUGAUGCAUGGGGCAACACGUUCACAGCUAUACCCGUGGAUCUGUGUACUUGCAUAGGAUUGGAGAUGCAGUCGUAGAAUCACAAUACCCAAUACAAACACUCAUACGCAUAAAUCGCUCUGGAUUCAACUUUAAGCAACUGCGAUUGGGCGCACGUGCACUCUGAUGACUAUGGCAGGACUCGAUUAUGAAGAUAAAGCAAGACAAUCAAGCUCAAGAUUGCGGCUACAGGGUAUCGUCAAGUACACGCCCGCUACGCCAACCAGGGAGUGUACAGCCGGGUAUUACCGAAUUCGACGUUCCGGAGGAUCGACAAACCUCAACUGCAUGGUGCUACGCCAGUAUGCGGUAAUGAUAGGCCAAGCUUGGCAGGCGGCGAUAAGCACCACAAUAUGAUACGAUGAUUGCGGUAUGCAGGACUGUAGAUACAACGUGCCAAGAGUGGGCAGG